CAAACCGGUCGUCGAAGUUGCGAUUCGAGUUUUAGCAAUGUUUCUCGUCCGAUCGACACUUGUCGCGGGGCUCGUCGUUUCUGAAUAUUUCAGACCCUUCCAUUUCCUGUUUCGUGCUGUCACGGAAUUGUACGUGCCACGAAGAACGUCACCGAUGGAUUCUCGAGAAGAACGCACAAUGUGCAAUGACGUCAAUCGACGAAAGGAAUCGAUUGAAUUUUCCAUAUUCAUUUCCUAUGACCAAAAAUAUAUCAAUCGUAUGGAAUUCGAAUACCGAUACUACUUUUGCAAACGAGAAGUGUCGUGGUCAACGACAGAGGAACCCUUUACGCCCGAAGAGGAGGAUGCGAUAGUGACGCUGGUGGUAGUGGUGAUCGGCAUAAUCGCGGCUAUAGUGAUACUGUUCUCCAUGGGAAUCUUUAUCGACUGCAAGCUCCAAAAGAAGAACGUUUUGAAGAAAAAGAAGUUGAAACUGAAAAUGCCACCAUUGUCUCGCGCGAGGAAGAUUCAAAAAGAGGACACGAAAUCCUUGGCAUCGGACAUGUGCCCGAACGGCUCUAGCGACGUUGGUUUUCGUGCAAGGGAUGCUAUUGUUUGACGUCGCCCACGAUACUGUGAACCCUUCGCGCGAACGAGACCAGGAACGUUGGUGAAUUUCAUCGAAUUUCUUUGCCAAGUUGAAAGGAAGUGGUUUCUAGAUAACGUUAAAGAAACUGGCAAAGCAAAUUGCUCGAACACGGUUCAGCCGUGAUAACGCGAAGAGAAGCAGUAGUUCGCGUCAAUGGCCUCGACCUAAUAAUGGACACAAUCGUGCUAGCAAUAUACAUAUGGCGGCGAAACUUUGUAAAAUGGUACAUCACGAAGAAAUUCUUUCCUUUUCUCUAUUCUUUUACCAGAGAUUAGCGCGAUUCGCGCAACUGUGAUUCACCUAUUCCUAUUUAUUCUACAAGUCAUUCAAAUCUCUCGAUCGCAUCGAUCGUAUAUAUCGUUAGUCGAAAGACUUUCUAAUUCUCAGGUGACGAAAAUGUUUAAUAAUGCGAUCAUGAACCCAAACUUCAACCACUGCUCGAACAACAAUAAUGAUAAUAAUGGAUAUUUACAAACCGCCUGUUGCGAACGAACGCGUACGUAUACUUGUGUACACGUUUACGAAAACAGCUGUCUCUAUAACAGCGAAUCGAUCCGAAUCCGAUACAAGAAAUUUUGUUAUUCCUGCAACGUUAAACAUCCCUUUACUAUAUUUCGGAGAAUUUGGGGAAAUGCCGAAAUUUGCAACGUCUAGUUUUAGUAGAGCAACAAUUACAUCGCAACUCCUUUGCUGAAACGUCAAGGAUUCGUGACACGAUUACGAAGGUGAAAAAAAGAAAAACUGCUGAUAUUAAUGCGAAACGUGUCUGAUCGUGCGUGUUCAGUAGAUGAACGUGUUGGCGCCCCAGAUACUUUUCGAUCAAAGCCUCGUAUUAUUUUCAGACGAGUAUCUAUUUAUAGGCAUAUCAUAUGUACAUGUAGAUACGAGGAACAAUGUAUAUAAAUUGGUAUUAUUCAAAAA